CGGCGGUUGCGCGUGACGUCAUCAGCACUGCGCCCGUCUUCUCCUGUGUCAACUGGAUAAAGACGAACAGCAAAAGCCCGAGGUUUGUCGAAGAUGGAGUUUGUGAAGGUGGAGCUGACGGAUCUGGAGUCGAUCCGAGUCAAAGAAGAGAGCGAGGAUCAAACAGACUUGAUAGAAGAGGAACGUCCAGAUCAGAACGAGGAGGAGGAGGAUCCUCACAGUUUCACAGCCGGAGAAACUUCCCCAACGGAGAAAGAUUCGACACACAGUACAGGAGCCAAGAAGUCCUUCCCCUGCCCUCACUGCGGGGAGAGCUACGAGUGUAAAGGAGACCUGAAGGACCACAUGGACAUCCACAGCGAGAGACCGUACAGCUGUCUGCAGUGUGGCAAGAGCUACACACAGAAGAUCAGCCUCCAGAACCACCUGCUGAUCCACAACGGAGACAAGCCCUUCACCUGCCAGCAGUGCCACAAGAGCUUCACACGCAAGGGAGACCUGAAGAAACACAUGAUCGUGCACUUCGGAGAGCGGCCCUUCACCUGCCAGCAGUGCGGGAACAACUUCAGACACCAGGGGAACCUCACCAGUCACAUGAAGAUCCACACCGGAGAGAAAUCACAGCGCAAUUACAGCGACAAGAAGCUGGCGCAGGUCUGCAAUUACAACAAGCCCGUGCUGUAUCACGUGGGAGACAUGCCCUUCAGAUGUGAGCCGUGCGGACAGAGAUUCAUCCUGUCCUCACACCUGAAGAGACACCAGAAGUGGCACUCGCAUUAGACACUGUGUGUGUGUGUGUGUGAGAGAGAGAGAGA